AUGGUAGCUUGUCCCAAAAAAUUGAACGCGCCAUCACAUUCUAGCAUGGUUAAGUCACUUAGGACUGAAGCACAAAACUUGUCAGUGAAAGCGAAAGAAAUUAGCGUACAAAUUUCAUCAGACGAAGAUUCUACAGAAAAUAUAUUCGACGGAAUUCACCCAAAAUACUAUCCAGUAUUUCUCCAUAAAAACACACAUGAAGAUUGCGUGCUGCGUCGAAAUGACACCGAAGAUUCUUUCAGACCACCAUUCAAGGACCAAGCCCACGUUCUAAAUAUGGAGCCUGUAAAUACCACGGUUAUUUAUGAACCAACUUGAGUAAUGAAUACAGACAAUUAUUGGCACGUUUAUGGAUUCAAUGACAAUGUUUGGCAAUAUAACCAACUCAAAUAAUACAAUUCUUACAAGCUCAAUUAAAAUGGCAAAUAUUGGC